AUGGCGCACGUGCUGGCCGGCUCGGAGGACUCGUACUCGCACUUGCUCUACCUCUUCAUCAUGCUCUCUCUCUCACUCUCGCUCUCCUCAGGGACGACACCUCCUCCUGCUACCGCAUUCUCAUACUCUAACUUUACCUCGACUGCUGGCUUGCAACUCUCCAUUGCCGAGGUAGUCUCGGUCGGUGGCCGUCACGUCGUGGCUCUGCCCGACAUCGCAUUGUCUGGCGCAGGCUCGGUCUUCACCACCAACCAUGUUCAGCUCAAUGGCUUUGUCACCUCGUUCAAGCUCAACUUUACUUCUCUCGAAGGCAUACCUGCCCAGGAUGGCGUAGCUUUUGUCGUCAACGCAUCGCCCAAGCAAUAUGCCGGUGCUGGUGCUGGCAUCGGCUACGCCGCCACCGAGCCGACAGGCACCACCGGCAUUCCGCUCUCGCUCGCUGUCGAGUUUGACAUCUUCUCGGAUGCCGACAUGAACGAUCCGCUGCUGCCUCACAUCUCUGUCCACUCGCUCGGUGGCGAGCCCAACUCGGCUCGCGAGGCCGCCCCGGCUGUUCUCUGUGCCCCGGCCACCGCCCUGCCCUCGUUCUUCAAUCCAGACGGCGUCGAGAUCCGCAUUGAGUACUCCUCGCCGCUGGCCUGGGCGCCUCCAGGAUCCAGCCCCUCACUCCGUGUCUGGUUCGAGCCCAUUGCCACCCCGGUCUUCACCUGCCACGCCUACGACCUGCCUGCGCUCGUCGCCCCGGCCUCCCGCGCCGCAAAAAUCGGCUUUACAGGCGCGACUGGCCCGGCCGGCGGUGCGCUGCAGCAGCUCAUGGCAUGGCACUACACCUCGCUUUCGCAGCCGAUCGCCAACGUCUCGCUUGCAUCCGGACCUGGUCUCACCGCCGCCACCGCGGGCGCCACCGCCCACUUUUCCAUCACCCUCCACGACCAGUAUGGCUUUGUCUACCCGUACCCGGUCCCCGACUCUUCCCUCACUGCCCGACUCGACCCGCCGCCGGCUCCCGGUACGGGCUCGGUCGAACUUGUCUACACCGGUGAUGGCGUGUACUCUGGCACCUACUCGCUGCAGCGGGCCGGCCCAGUCAAGCUUCUGCUCCAGCUUGGCGGUGCGCCCGUCGCCGACUCGCCGUAUACCGUCACCGUCGCGCCGGCCGCGCUCGAUGCCGCUCGCUCGCACUACGCCCCGACCCCGACCGACGGCUACGCCGGCCAGAUCUUCCCCAUCACCAUCCAGACUGUCGAUGUCUACGGCAACAACCUCACCGCCGAAUCGGCCGCGCCGGUCGUCGCAGACGUCGUCCCGCUCUCGCUCGACCCGCACUUUGCCGUCACCUACGCCGACGCCGGUCGCUACGUCGGCACCUAUCAGUUUACCCGUGCCGGCGAGCCGUACUCGAUGGGCGUCUCCAUCUCGUCGAUCCUCCUCAACAACGGCGGUGUGUACCUGUUCGGCAUUCGGCCCGGCUUGCCCGACCCGGCGUCGACUGUCACGUCCGGCAACGGCGUCCACGGCGCCGUCGUCGGCUCGCUCGCCGCCAUCAACUUUGCGCUCUUCGACAAGUACGGUAAUCCGCAGGUGGUCGGCGGUGCGCCCUUGAAGGCUGUCCAGGCCUCGGGCCCGGCCGCCCUGGACCUGUCGCUCGUCGACCACGCCGACGGCAACUACACUCUCACCUACUCUUCCACUGUCGCCGGCGACUACGCCGUCGACGUCACCCUCGCCGGCACUGCUAUUGCCGGCUCGCCACUUCCACUCACUCUUCUCUCGACCAACAAGCCUGACGUGUCCAAGACCCUGGUAUCUGGACCGGGCGUCGCGCCGUCUGGCUCGCAUGUCGGCCGUAACCUCGCUCUUUACAUUGUCGCCCGCGACGAGUUCGGCAAUGUCAUCGAUCCUGCGCUCCUUGCCGUCGCUGCCAACGUCACUACCGUCGCUGCCCCACUCGCUCCGCUCCCACUUACCGGACCAACCCUUCUCAACGCCAGCAUCUUUGCCUUUGAGUACUUUGCCACUCUCGCCGGCGAGUAUCAUGUAUCCGUUACCGUCGACGGUGUUCCUCCUCCGGACUCACCACUGCUGGUUGUUCUCGGCCCGAGCACACCCGACGCCACUACAUCGACCAUUGCUACCUCCCCGCAGCAGCUCGUUCAUCCUGCAGGUACCCUGGUCAACAUCUCGCUCGUCCUCUGCGACGUGUGGAGCAACGUCCUCACCUCGGCCGACGUCGCCCUUGUCGGGCUCAACAUCACCCGCGCGCUCACCGCAAACCUCACCGCCACCCCGCUGACGAGCGGCGGGCGCCCGAUCCCGCUUCCUCCUUUUGUCUUUGAUGCCGAGACCUUGCUCUGGCACACGUCGUAUGGACUGACACAUGCCGCACAGUACGAGCUGUGGAUUCUGCUCAACGGCGCCGUCGUCGCGCCGCAGGUCCAGCCGCUGCCGGCGCUCAUCACGCCUGCCGCCGCCGCCCGGCCCAAGACCACCGUGGCCGGCUCUGGCGUCUCGCCUUCCACUGCCGCAGGUGACGACGCCUUUACCAUCGACGUCUUUGAUGCCUACGGCAACCGCAUCGUCGGCGCCACCCUCGCCGCCGCCGCCAUCAACGUGGCCGUCACCGAGGUCGGCUCCGGCGCGACCGUUCCGAUUGCCUUUGUCUCGGAAACCUCGCCGUUUGUCAUCACGUACCCGGCCACCAACGCUUCUGCCAUCUACGCCGUCGCCAUCGUGCAAGACGGCGUGCCGCUGCCGGACUCGCCGUACCGAGUCCAUAUUGAGCCUGAUGCUCUCUACGGCCCAGCCUCCAUCGCCACGGGCCCAACUGCGCUCAGCCACGGUCAUGACGGAACGUUCUGGCUCCGCGGCACAGACCGAUACGGCAACGACAUGACGGCCAGCGCCAUGGCCGCCCGCUCCAACAACGUCUCUCUUAUCGUCUCGGGCCCGGUCUCCGGCACCGUCGUCAUGGCGGCCGAGCCGGCCAGUCUCGCCUGGCGCGCAAGCUUUGGCUUCCGCAAAGCCGGCAAGUACGAGGUCUUGGUCAUGGUCAACGGCAUGAGUGCACGCAACUCGCCGUUCCGAGUCCACGUCUCUGGUCCCAACAUCGGCCUCAUCGUCGGCCUCGUCGUCGCCGCUGUCGCCAUCGUCCUCGCCAUCGCUGUCGUCGUCGGCUUCCGCCUCCGCGCCCGCCGUGCCGCCGCCCGCCAGCGCCCAGAUGAGACUCAGCUCCUCUCCCCGACCGCCGGCACCUACGGCAGCACUCCUGCGUCACAGGUCUCGCCUCCCUCACCGACGUCAGCGUAA